AUGUCACAACCCGAGUACGACUAUGCGCGUCGGCCCUCGCAGGCUGAAAACCAGACCAUCCAGAAAUCCGAAAUCCCGUUGAAGGAGCGGUUCUUCCGCUACUUCCAACAAGAGAUUACUGCUCUCCAAGAACAAAUGGACCGUCUGGCAGAUACGUCUCUCAUAGGCGGAGAACGCACCGAUGCCACCGAUCACUGUCUGGCUGGAAUCGCGCGGUUAUCGAACGAGGUCAAGGAUGCAGCGAGCUACAUCCCAACUUAUGACCAGCGGGUAUAUGCAGAGGCUAUCAAGGCACUGCAGGAUAAGCUGGCCGAGACCAGGGCGCUAGUGGAGCCUCGUCCUAAGUUCAGCUUUAAAACUAAGAAGAAUGCUUCGGCUGUCUCCUUGAAUGAUGCCGCCCAGCUUGCUAUGGAACGUCGCCGUCGCGUACCGGGAUAUCUCUCGCCCGGCGCAUCCUCCGUUAGUUCGUCGGAAGGCCAGACACCCAACUACCCGUCCACGCCAUUGAAUGAACCCAACCCGAUUCUUCAACCCCGGGCCGAAUUCGCUCCUACUUCUGUUCCGGCGAUUUCAGUGGACAAGCCAGACAUGCUAUCAAAGGAGGACGACAUGAACUCUGCCUUUGCUGCGACGGCUGUGUCGUCCGUGGCGGUGAAUAACCACUUUGGCCUUCAUAUCAUGCUUCCUGCCUCCGGGUCCACUGCUACUGUCCCCGCGUCUAUCACCUCCCUCCGUCACUGCGUGGUGGACAUGUCCAUACCUACUGCGAACGGCAAGCCCUAUGCUAGCCUGACGGCCAAGGGCAUCAAGGAAAGUCUCUUGAUUUGUGGCCAAAUCAACGGCCCGGCUCAUAUCACAGGCGCGGAGAACAGCAUCAUCGUCGUGACUUCCCGUCAGUUCCGCAUGCACAACUGCUCCAACGUAGACGUUUAUCUCAGCUCCUCGAGCAACCCGGUGAUCGAAGACUGCAAGAAUGUUCGAUUUGGCCGGAUUCCCAGAGCUUAUGCUCUGGAUCACGACCGCCCCGAUACCGAGGACCGCUGGAAUCAAGUCGAAGAUUUCAAAUGGAUCAAGCCCGAGCCCAGUCCCAACUGGAGCUUGCUGGGUGGCGACGAUGCGGUCCCGGAGGAAGUGUGGGCGGAAAUUGUCCCUGGUGGCCCUGGAUGGUCUCUGGAAGAUAUCCUCCGUGCUACUAAUAUAGUGAAAGCCUGA